GCGGCGGACUCGGCCGGCCGGCGACUCGACUCGACGCGGCGCUUCUCCUCCCCCGUCCCCGCCGCAGCAUGAACCACAAGAGCAAGAAGCGCAUCCGCGAGGCCAAGCGCAGCGCGCGGCCCGAGCUCAAGGACUCGCUCGACUGGACGCGGCACAACUACUACGAGAGCUUCGCGCUCAACCCGGCGGCCGUGGCGGAUAACGUAGAAAGGGCCGACGCGCUGCAGCUGUCCGUGGAGGAGUUCGUGGAGCGCUACGAGCGCCCCUACAAGCCCGUGGUGCUGCUCAACGCCCAGGAGGGCUGGUCUGCACAGGGCAAGUGGACGUUGGAGCGGCUCAAGCGCAAGUACCGCAACCAGAAGUUCAAGUGCGGCGAGGACAACGACGGCUACUCGGUGAAGAUGAAGAUGAAGUAUUACAUCGAGUACAUGGAGAGCACCCGCGACGACAGCCCCCUCUACAUCUUCGACAGCAGCUACGGGGAGCACCCCAAGAGGAAGAAGCUGCUGGAAGACUACCAGGUGCCCAAGUUUUUCACCGACGACCUGUUCCAGUACGCGGGGGAGAAGCGGAGGCCUCCUUACAGGUGGUUUGUGAUGGGGCCACCCCGCUCAGGAACUGGCAUUCACAUCGAUCCUCUGGGGACCAGCGCCUGGAACGCCUUAGUACAGGGCCACAAGCGCUGGUGCCUGUUCCCCACCAGCACGCCCCGGGAGCUCAUCAAAGUGACUCGAGAAGAAGGGGGUAACCAGCAGGACGAGGCCAUCACGUGGUUCAGCAUCAUUCACCCCCGGACGCAGCUUCCCACCUGGCCGCCUGAGUUCAAACCGCUGGAAAUCUUACAGAAACCCGGAGAGACUGUGUUUGUCCCAGGAGGCUGGUGGCACGUUGUGCUCAACCUCGACACCACCAUUGCCAUCACCCAGAACUUUGCCAGCAGCACCAACUUCCCCGUGGUGUGGCACAAGACAGUAAGGGGGAGACCAAAGCUGUCGAGAAAGUGGUACAGGAUCUUGAAGCAGGAGCACCCCGAGCUGGCAGUCCUGGCUGACUCGGUUGACCUACAGGAGUCCACGGGCAUCGCCUCAGACAGCUCCAGUGACUCCUCCAGCUCCUCUAGCUCAAGCUCGUCAGACUCCGACUCAGAGUGCGAGUCCGGGUCAGAGGGUGACAGCGCAGCGCACCGCAGGAAGAAGCGGAGGACAUGUGGCCUAAUGGGCAACGGGGACACCACCUCACAGGAUGACUGUGUGAGCAAAGAGCGCAGCUCGUCCAGGUGACCCUCU